AAAACCUGGACUGACUCUACAAAGAUAAGACAGAAAUAGAGAGAGUUUAAAUUAACUCAUUCAUGGCGCUGACUUGAGUUUGUUUCAGCUUUAUGCGGCUCUGUAGGAAGACUCGACUUCAUCCUUUUUGGCCGCUCUCGCGUUCCGUCGCAGCCGCCGUCUCUCUGGCUCAAAGUACGCUUCUGAUCACAAACUCUCAGUGAUGUUUUGUGAGCUCAAAUAAGAUUUUGACUGCCGCUCGCCUCCUCAUGGCAGAGGUCUACUAUGUUGGGGUGGACGUGGGCACUGCCAGUGUGAGGGCUGCACUGGUGACCAGGACAGGCCUGCUGAAGAGCACCGCCGAGGAGCCCAUCAGCAUCUGGGAACCCCAGUCUGACCAUUAUGUCCAGUCCUCCACUGAGAUCUGGGAGAAAUGCUGCACGGUUGUGAAGAGAGUUACCCAAAAUGUGGAGAGGAGUCAGGUACGAGGGAUCGGCUUCGAUGCCACUUGCUCUCUAGUGGUUUUGGACCAAAGCUUCCAGCCUGUGCCGGUCAGUCAGGAUGGUGACAGACAAAGAAACGUGGUGAUGUGGAUGGACCAUCGGGCCGAAGAGCAGGCGGCUCGUAUAACAAAUACUGGCCACAGGGUCCUGAGCAGGGUGGGAGGGGUCAUGUCACCAGAGAUGCAACCCCCUAAGCUGCUCUGGCUCAAAGAGAAUCUACAAGAAAGCUGCUGGAGCAAAGCCGCUCACUUUUUUGACCUUCCAGACUUCCUAUCUUGGAAGGCAACAGGCUCUCUGACACGGUCUUUAUGUACUCUGGUGUGUAAAUGGACGUAUUGCCCUCCAGAAGGAUGGGAUGCUAGUUUUUGGACCAGUAUUGGACUUGAGGAUCUCCUGGAAAACAACUCUUCCAAAAUAGGCAGUGUGACGUGUUCUCCCGGUAGCCUGUUGGGAGACGGCCUCACCCAGGAGGCAGCAGCAGAUUUGAGUUUGGAUGCAGGAACUGCAGUUGGUGCUUCUCUCAUUGAUGCUCAUGCUGGAGGCCUUGGUGUGAUAGGUGCAGAUGUGAAAGGCUUUAACUUGCCGUGUGAAGACCAGCCAAUCACCUCACGCAUGGCGAUGAUCUGUGGGACAUCAACCUGUCACAUGGCGAUCAGCGAGCAGCCUCUGUUUGUGCCAGGAGUGUGGGGGCCCUGCCUGUCCGCCAUGGUGCCCGGCAUGUGGCUUAAUGAGGGAGGACAGAGUGCGACAGGAAGGCUGAUUGACCACAUAGUGAAGGGCCACGCUGCCUACACCCAGCUCCAGGAACAGGCACGGCAGAGAGUUCCCAUAACUGGUGAGAACAUCUACAGCUACCUGAACAGCCACCUCAGUACGAUGGCUAGCUCCCGUUCUCCCGUGGACCUGCUGGCUUCCGGUCUGCACGUGUGGCCCGACUUUCACGGGAACAGGUCGCCCUUGGCUGACCCCUCCUUGAAGGGCAUGGUGGUCGGACUGCCACUCUCCCAAACCUUGGAUGACUUGGCCCUUCUCUAUUUGGCCACAGUACAAGCCCUCGCUCUUGGUACACUUCAUAUCCUGGAAGCCAUGAAAGAAGCAGGACAUGACAUCAGAACCCUCUUCCUGUGUGGCGGGUUGAGCAAAAACGCCCUGUUUGUACAGAUUCACGCCAACGCUACAGGGUUGCCUGUGGUGUUGCCCAACCAGAUGGAGGCUGUGUUAAUCGGAGCAGCAGUCCUGGGUGCAUGUGCAUCACAGGAUUACAGCAGUAUACAGUCCAAUAAAACUGACCUCAAAAACAUACCAAACUCACAUGGCACUGAUCUCAUCAUUAUCGACUCAGUGCCUCCAUCUGCUGGUGUGAACCAGAACACAAAGAGGCGAUGGAGAAAAUGGCAAAAGUGGGGAAAGUUGUGCAACCUGACCAUGAACUCCAGAGCUUCUAUGGGAGAAAGUACAAAGUGUUCCUGCAACUGUUUACCCACCAGAGGGAGUACCAGGCUCUCAUGAACCAGAGAUGAGUGUGGCAGUGGGAGGCGACUGAGCUGGAACUGACUCUCUCUGUCUCUCUCUGACGUAAUAGCGAUGACGAAUCCACACACUGGAAACAAGAUCAGAAGUUUUAACCUGGCUGCUUUUUCCUAAUAUUAUUAAAGGUCCAGUUUUGUCCAUAACCUGACGGUAAAGGGGCUUUCUGAGGGUUAAAUAUCUGUCAGGGGGGGUUUAGUUGUAGUCUAGACUUCACACAUGCAGGAUUUCAAACCACCUGGCAGAGAACAGAAGCUGUUGGAGCUUUCCAUGGCUCUCUGUCUUGCUGCAGCUCCACCCAAAAUGGAAAGGAGGGUGUGUGAAUGGGUGUGGGGACAUCAACAGAUUUUACAGUAACUUGCUAAUGGCCCGUCAGCUUCACCCAAAGCCAAAUACCAUCAAGUACUGUCACCUUCAAAUGCGUUCCUAAUAAAUAAUUGAAACCACA